AUGCCUUCCCUUCGUCGUUCUUUUUCAUCUCUGUCGGUUCGCUCGAACCCAUACCCAACUUCACUAUCAAAUGGUAGUGUAAAUAACGCUCGUACGCGUGUUGCAGGUCAUGGUUCUCGUCGUUCCUCUGACUCGGAAGUGACUGAACGCAGGGUCCUCGCGGACAUUGAGUGGUGGCGGGUUUCUGAUGGACAGCGUGACCUUGAUGCGACCCAGGACCAGGUUGAACCAGAUCAGGAAGUACAAGACAGCAUGUAUGUCUCCGCGGGCGGCGCCAUUACCCUGUCGGGCUCUUCAAACAGCCCACAGACGCCCCCGCUCAUGUUGCACGACCUUCCCCCUAUAGACUUCGCCCAGUCUAUUCCUAUGAGUCAAUUUGCUGCACUCUCCAUAGCCCCUCACUCUCCUACCGGCAGGAGACACGGCCGUGACUCCUCGGUUUCGUCCCUCGAGUCCACUCCCGAGAUCCCCGAAGCUCCUUUGGAGAGCAUUCGCUUCACUAUGAUUGAUGCAGACGCUACUUCCCAUAAUCUUGAACUUCCUUCCGAAUUUGCGCUACCUGCUAUAGGCGUCAUCUCGCGGCCUUCAUUCGCGCUCUUCGGACUGCACUCCUACACUUUCGCAGAGUGUCGUGACUUCGGAGAUGAUGUUCAUCACUUUUCCGACGGAGCCUCUUCCUUCUCCCUCGACCAGAACAUCUUUCAAUGA